UCGGAGUAAGUUAACUACCAUCUCGACCGCGGGAGGACGAAGACAAUUCAUAGACACCGACCAUUUAUACUGUACAAAGUUCAAGGACAAUGGCCUCAUCUCAAAUACUUUCCUGCUUAUUGUUGUUCGGUUGCGUGUGUGCAGCAAAUGCAAUUGGUAUAGGACGUGCGUUCAUCGGGGUGGUCGACCCUCAGGAUGCCGACCGCGUCACGGUGGACAAGGCAACCGCGGAAACUCUGCGGAGCAGUCUGACCACGGUGUUCCUCCCCAUUGUCUACAUAGUGGUGUUUGCUGUGGGGCUGCCCACCAACGCCAUGGCCAUCUGGGUCUUCCUGUUCAGGACCAAGAAGAAGCACCCUGCCGCCAUCUACAUGGCCAACCUGGCUCUGUCCGACCUGCUGUUUGUCAUCUGGACGCCCCUGAAGAUCGCCUACCACUUCAACGGCAAUGACUGGAUCUAUGGAGAGAGGCUGUGUAAAGUGCUGGUGGGCUUCUUCUACGGGAACAUGUACUGCUCCAUCCUUUUUAUCACCUGUCUGAGUGUGCAGCGCUACUGGGUGGUGGCUCAUCCUCUGUCCCACCAGAAGAAGAACAACAAAAUGGCCAUCACUGUCUCCGUCUCUAUUUGGGCCUUCAUCUGGCUCACCACCACCCCCCUGUACCUCUACGACCACACGGCCAAGCUCAUGGACCUCAACAUCACCACCUGCCAUGACGUCAACAUCAUUCAUGACCUGGAGAACCCCUUCCCUGACGUAGCGCUCCCCUACUUCUACUUCGUCCUCAUGGCCGGCAUUGUCUUCCUAGUCCCCUCCCUGGUCAUCAUCUUGGCCUACAUUCUCCUCCUCAAGGCCCUGGGGAACUCCAUGACGGACGGGAACGCUGGGAAGAACCGUCAGAAAGCCGUGGUGCUGAUCGUGACCGUGCUGGUCACCUUCCUGGUGUGUUUCGUCCCCAGUAACAUCAUGCUGGUCAUCCACUACACCCUCCUCAAGGACGGGGUGAUCAACAACGGCUACGGCUUCUACAUCACCACCCUGUGUCUGGCCAGCCUCAACAGCUGUCUGGAUCCCUUCAUCUACUACUUUGUGUCUGAGGACUUCAGGAACCAUGUGAAGAACACACUGCUGUGUAGAAGCAGCAGGACGGUGGAGAGGAUGAGGGUCUCCUUCAGCUCCAUGAAGUACUCCAAGAAGAGCAAGGCCUAUGUGUCUGAGUCAGGGAACACACAGAGCAGUACCUGCUAAUAGUGCAUGGGAGCCAUUCGGCCGACUAGGUAAAGACACUGGGAGAGGCUCAUUGAAAAUACAAUAUUUCUCUGUAUGUAUGUGGACUGUGAUGCACUGGAACUGUCUGAAUGUGCCUUAUGAAAAUAAAGAGACUAGAGGGAUCUCUCCUAUAACAGUUGGGAUAUAGACAGCAUUGGCAAGAAAUGGAACACGUUUUAAAUUAGCCCUGGACGCUGCUGAGCUCCAGAGUAGUGAAAAUGGCUGACAAUAUCGUGGACUUGCUACUUGUUUUGUCAUUUUCAUAGACAUAUCUCUCAUGGAUGAAAUGAAAGCAGAAUGUAUUCAUCACAAUUCUUGAUAGGCUGUUAAAGGGCUAAUGCGAAAGAUGUAAAGAUCUAGUUAGAUAUUCUAAAUUUGAAGAUCAAGAGGUCUAACAUCAAUGCAUAUUGGACAUGAUGUUGCCUAGCACAUGGUAAACAACAUGUUUUAUGAAAUCCCCAAAUAUAGACUCUUAAAUUGUGCCUUAUAGUGCUAGUGUAAAGGAACUCAAAUGUCAUGCCUUUAGGUGAAAAGUAUCAUGAUGAUGAUUUACCCAUAUUGUAGAGGGGCGGUGUUGGGGUCAAACUGGCUUUAAGUCUAUGGUCUACAUAUCUUCACUGGUAUAUGCCUUUAUACAGUGUAAUAUACUUUAUAUUUACCUCAGUGAGAUUAUAUAUGGCAGUAGGCUGUAAACAUUAACACUGCUAUUUUUUUACUUUAGUGUCAUUAUGUUUUAAGCUCACGUGAAUUUUUUAAG